CGCCUGUCUCUCCCCUCCCAUCCUUACCCUCCCGCCUUGGGUGGGCUCCUGUUUCUUUAAGGCGGCCCUGGACCUCCAGUCCGGCGCAGCCAAUCAGGAGGAAGUUGCUUUGCAACAUUGAGAACGGACGGGGCUGAGCGUUCCUUCCGGUCUAGAGAGCGCAGCGCGGGCGGCAGGAUGUUUUAUCAUAUCUCCUUGGAACACGAAAUCUUACUGCACCCGCGUUACUUUGGGCCCAAUCUGCUCAACACAGUUAAGCAAAAGCUGUUUACCGAAGUGGAAGGGACCUGCACGGGCAAGUAUGGCUUUGUAAUCGCCGUUACUACCAUCGACAACAUUGGUGCAGGGGUGAUCCAACCCGGGCGUGGCUUUGUCCUGUACCCAGUCAAAUACAAGGCCAUUGUCUUCAGGCCUUUCAAGGGGGAAGUGGUUGAUGCUGUUGUGACUCAGGUGAACAAGGUCGGACUCUUCACUGAAAUUGGGCCCAUGUCUUGCUUCAUUUCGCGACAUUCUAUUCCCUCUGAAAUGGAGUUCGACCCCAACUCCAACCCGCCGUGCUACAAGACAGUCGAUGAGGAUAUUGUCAUCCAGCAAGAUGACGAGAUCAGGCUGAAGAUUGUGGGGACCCGAGUAGACAAGAACGAUAUUUUUGCUAUUGGGUCACUCAUGGACGAUUAUCUCGGUCUUGUCAGCUGAAGCAACCUGUUCUGGGCCAUCCCCCUUUCCGACCAUCCCAGGGUUGGCUCUGUCCAGAAGAUCUUGGCAGCUGUGUGUUUUUAGCGUCUGCACACACACACCCCUUGCUCCUGGGCGGUCAGCUGUAGGCUGGGCGGCACGGCUGGAUGCCUAUGACUUUGCCCCUCGUUUUCUUCAUUAAAGUGUUCUUGCUCUGCGUUCCAA